CUGCUGUGGCGGCCCCCUCUAUGCUGCGCCCCGAGGAUGGCGAAGAGACCGCGCAGUGAGGAAGAUGAUGACCUUCAAUAUGUGGAUCAUGACUAUGAAGUACCACAGCAAAAAGGUUUGAAGAAGAUAUGUAACAGGGUGAAAUGGACACGUGAUGAGGAUGAAAGGCUUAAGAAGCUAGUGGAACAGAAUGGUACAGAUGAUUGGGCUUUCAUUGCUAGUCAUCUACAGAAUCGUUCAGAUUUUCAGUGCCAGCAUCGAUGGCAGAAGGUACUAAACCCAGAAUUGAUUAAAGGUCCCUGGACUAAAGAAGAAGAUCAGAGGGUUAUUGAAUUAGUUCAGAAGUAUGGUCCAAAGCGCUGGUCUCUAAUUGCAAAACACCUGAAAGGAAGAAUAGGCAAGCAAUGCAGAGAGAGGUGGCAUAACCAUCUCAAUCCUGAGGUAAAAAAGUCUUCAUGGACAGAAGAAGAGGACAGAAUAAUCUAUGAAGCUCACAAACGUUUGGGAAACCGAUGGGCUGAAAUAGCAAAACUUCUUCCUGGAAGGACUGAUAAUUCAAUUAAAAAUCACUGGAAUUCAACAAUGCGAAGAAAGGUGGAACAGGAAGGAUAUUUACAAGAUGGUAUAAAGUCUGAAAGAGCUAGUUCAUCCGAACUUCAGCCCCAACCUUGUCUGACUAUGGAACACUUGCACACUCAGAAUCAAUUUUACAUACCUGUUCAGACACAUAUUCCAGCCUACCAGUAUGCCUCACCAGAAGGCAGCUGUCUAGAACAUGGUUCAACUUCUUCCAACUUAGUUCAGCAGUCAUUUAUUGAUGAUGAUCCUGAUAAAGAAAAGAAAAUAAAGGAACUUGAAUUGCUACUUAUGUCAGCAGAGAAUGAAAUCAGAAGAAAACGAGUGUCUUCUCAAGCUGGAAACUUACCUUGUUGGUCUGGAAGUUUUGUCACUGAAGAUUGUGUGUCUAAUACACUAAAUAGCCUUGGGGAACAAACAAGUGAGUUCUACAGUAUGGAUGAGACCCAUGGCACAUCUGUUCAGCAGAAUUCACCAGCUAAGUAUUUGGCUGUGGAAGCAAAUACAAUGUUAUCAUCUCUACAAACCAUUCCAGAAUUUGCAGAGACACUAGAGCUUAUUGAAUCUGAUCCUGUAGCGUGGAGUGAUGUCACCAGUUUUGAGCUUUCAGAGGCUGUUGCAUCUCCUGUCAAGCCAGCUCCAGUAAAACUAAUGCGGAUUCAACACAAUGAAGGGGCUGCUGAGUGCCAGUAUAAUGUCAGUGUUGUGCUUGAUGGCAAAAAACAUAGUAGCAUCAGUGGCGAGGAAGAAGCAGUUUUUCCAACAACCCCAAACUUAACUAAAUUCAGCACUCCACCUACUAUCCUAAGAAAGAAAAAGAGAUUGCGUGUUGGGCAAUCACCAGUUAAUGAACUGAAUGAUGGCUUGUGUAAUGAUGCCGUCAAUGUUGCACUAAAGCAUACACCAGUGAAAACACUACCAUUUUCUCCAUCACAGUUUUUCAACACUUGCUCUGGGAAUGAACAGUUUAACCUUGAAAAUCCUGCAUUUACAUCGACACCAAUCUGUGGGCAGAAAGUUCUUAUUACGACUCCUCUACACAAGGAAAUGACACCAAAAGAUCAAAAGGAAAAUGUGGGUUUUAGAACUCCCACAAUUAGAAGAUCCCUUUUGGGUUCAACACCAAGGACACCAACUCCUUUUAAAAAUGCUUUGGCUGCUCAGGAAAAAAAGUAUGGUCCCCUCAAACUUACGUCACAACCACUUGCCUUCUUGGAGGAAGACAUUAGGGAAGUUUUGAAAGAGGAAACUGGAACAGAUAUAUUUCUCAAGGAGGAAGAUGACACUGUGCAUAAAAGCUGCAAGCAGGAGCACAACUCUUCUAAAAAAGUCAGAAAAUCACUGGUCCUAGAUCCAUGGGAAAAGGAAGAGGUUGGUGCCCAGCUCUUCACAGAAGAUAAUAGUUUAGAUGUACAGUCAGAAAAUGCAUAUACCACAUCUUUAUUAAUGAUCCCAUUGUUGGAAAUACAUGACAACAGAUGUAACCUGACAUCAGAAAACCAGGAUACAAAUCCAGCAAACAAAGCAAAUGCAGUAAUUCAGAAGAAACUGAAUGCAUGUACUUCAAAAAAUGUCAAAAUGGAGAAAGCUCUUCAGUCAAAUUGUGAAUGGGAAGCAGUUGUUUACGGAAAAACAGAAGACCAGCUUAUAAUGACAGAACAAGCGAGAAGAUAUCUGAGCACAUACACAGCUACCAACAACACUUCAAGGGCUCUGAUACUGUGA